AUGGAACCAGUUAUUCUCACUGGAGAUACGAAUAAUAACGGAAAUGGAACUGAUCCUAGUCAUUGCUACAAGAUGAAAAGUUCUACUGACGAACUAAAUGAAUGUGUAUGUAUGUGCACGACAAUGCCAUCACCACCAUCACUGUCGUGUAAGCCAGAGGUUCGAACUUUAUUCGUAUCCGGUUUACCAAUGGAUGCUAAACCACGAGAACUCUAUCUUCUAUUUCGAGGAUUUAAGGGUUAUGAAGGAAGUUUACUUAAAGUAACAAAUAAAAAUGGUAAAAAUUUAUCACCUGUUGGAUUUGUCACAUUUACUAGUCGAGUUGAUGCUGAAACUGCUAAACAAGAACUAACAGGAGUUCGAUUUGAUCCUGAUCUUCCAGCAACUCUUCGACUUGAAUUUGCUAAAUCGAAUACUAAAGUUCAAAAACCUAAACAUCCAAAUCAAAAUCAAUUAACAGCUGCAACACAACAAUAUAUUCAAAUUCCACAAGAACUUGGUGCUGCUUUCUUUCCUACGGAAGCUUGGGGUCAACCAUUAACAUUCGAUUUAGGUCCAGCUGGUUUACAUCAUCCAGCUUUAUUACAUACAACUCUUCAUGGUCCACCAAUGAGUUUGGGUCAUCCAAUGCAAGCCACUACAGGUAUGACACAAUUACAACAAUCAAAUCAAGCUGUAGCUGUUGCAGCAGCUAAUGGACAAUUGAAUGGUGGUUGUUCAACAUUAUUUUUAACUGGCUUUCCUGAGCAUGAUUUUAAGAAUAUGUCAUUUGCUUUUAAUCAACCAAAACACCAACAACAACCAGUGACUCUUGUUGAUUUAGUUGAAAAACAACAAUUAUCGCUCAAACGUUCUAUGGAUGAAAAUCUAUCAACAUCGGAUAAAAACAUAAAACGUUUACGGCAUCCAUGA